ACUAUGCCUCGUCAUCUCACGAACAACUCCCCUACCUAGUCAAUCCGCCAGCUCUUUAACGACGCCCACACCCGCAUCUGUACGCCAUCAACGCCCGUCGAAACGCAGAAAAGACGAUAUUCGAAUAAUAAGAGGAAAACAGUUUGGCAGCAACUUGCUUGCAGGGACACGGACACGCCAGCACCUGCGACCAUGGCCGGGUUCGAUUUCACCAACUACAACCGCAAUGCGGCUCUCCAUGCUCGCGGUGUGCCUCUACCCAAGGCCACCAGCACAGGAACUACCAUCGUGGGAUGCAUAUUUGACGGCGGUGUAGUGAUCGCCGCCGACACAAGAGCAACCUCCGGCCCCAUCGUCGCCGACAAGAACUGCGAGAAGCUGCACUACAUCGCGCCGCAAAUCUGGUGCGCGGGCGCCGGCACCGCCGCCGACACCGAGUUCACCACCGCCAUCAUCUCCUCCAACCUCGAGCUCCACGCCCUCUCCACGGGCCGCAAGCCCCGCGUCGUCACCUGCAUGACCAUGCUCAAGCAGCACCUCUUCCGCUACCAGGGCCACAUCGGCGCCUACCUCGUCGUCGCCGGCGUCGACCCUACCGGCGUCCACCUCUUUACCGUCCACGCCCACGGCUCCACCGACAAGCUCCCCUACGUCACCAUGGGCUCCGGCUCCCUCGCCGCCAUGUCCGUCUUCGAGUCCCAGUGGAAGCCCAACCUCGGCCGCGACGACGCCGUCAAGCUCUGCAGCGACGCCAUCCUCUCCGGCAUCUUCAACGAUCUCGGCUCCGGCAGCAACGUCGACGUCGCCGUCAUCACCGCCGACAAGACCGAGCUCAAGCGCGGCUUCGUCCGCCCCAACGAGCGCUCCGCCAAGCUGAAGAGCUAUGCUUUCCCCAAGGGCACUACCGCCGUCCUCAACGAGAAGAUCAUCUCCAAGAACGAUAUUGGUCGAUACGUAAGCGUCACGGAGGUCUCGGUUGGUGAAGAGGCCAUGGAGAUAGAUGCGUGAGGUGAUAUAUACGGCGGCUCGUCCUCGGGGUGUGUGUGUGGAGGGCAAAGAAUGGGAAGAGCUCUUGGUGAUGUAUUGUACAACACGGCGAUUGCAAUAGAAGGUCUAUCAAGACUGGCCUGGCUAUUCUCCCGACACAAGCAUCUGAUUCCCAACCGGCCCCUUUGUCGUAUGCUCGCAAUUCGUAAUUCUUCCUUCAGAAAUCCGCGUCAAAUACUUACAGGGGUUAGCUAGGCGCGUGG